AUGUAGUGCAUGGUUAAUUAAUGCAUGCAUGCAAGCGAGAUGAGGAGUUUGAGAAAGCUGGUCUUGGCGGAGCUUGCGGCUCUCUUGUGGCUCACGGCCACCGCUUGCUCGCAGUUCCAGCAGCAGCCACAGGUGCCUUGCUUCUUCAUCUUUGGCGACUCGCUGGUUGACAAUGGCAAUAACAAUGGCAUUCUCACUCUCGCCAGAGCCAACUACAUGCCUUAUGGCAUCGACUUCCCACAGGGCACCACUGGCCGCUUCACCAAUGGCCGGACUUACGUCGACGCUCUAGCUCAACUUCUAGGGUUUACAAGUUACAUACCCGCUUAUGCAAGUGUGCGAGGGCGCGACAUUCUUAGGGGAGCGAAUUAUGCAUCGGGAGCAGCUGGGAUUCGGGAUGAAACUGGCAACAACCUGGGCGAUCACGUACCGAUGAACCGACAAGUAGCCAACUAUGCAACAACAGUGAGGCAGAUAAGUAGGUAUUUCAGAGGGGAUAUCAAUGCUCUGAGUGGCUACCUCAGCAAAUGCAUAUUCUACUCCGGCAUGGGAAGCAACGACUAUCUCAACAACUACUUCAUGACCGACUACUACCCCACUCAUUCACAGUUCACCCCGCCGGACUACGCCGCCGCUCUGCUCCAAGAUUAUUCUCGCCAACUCACAGAAUUGUACAAUUUCGGAGCUCGAAAAAUAAUCGUCACCGCGGUAGGCCAGAUCGGUUGCAUACCUUACCAGUUAGCCCGCUACAACGGCAACGAUAGCCGGUGCAACGAAGAAAUCAACAACGCCAUCAUCCUCUUCAAUUCCGGCCUCCGAAAGCUGGUGGAUGGCUUCAACAAGGGCCAGUUGCCCGGAGCAAAGUUCGUGUAUUUGGAUUCUUACCAAAGCACCAAAGACGUAGUGCUGAAUGGCAAAUCUUAUGGAUUUGAAGUGGUGGACAAAGGGUGCUGUGGGGUGGGGAAAAACAACGGGCAGAUAACAUGUCUGCCGCUGCAAUCCCCGUGCGACGACCGCACGAAAUACUUGUUUUGGGAUGCCUUUCAUCCGACGGAGGCCGCUAAUAUUGUGUUUGCUAAGCAAUCAUACGCUUCCAAGUCAAGAUCUUAUGCGUAUCCCAUAAAUAUACAGCAAUUGGCAAUGCUCUAAUUAAUUAAUGCUUUCAGAUUAACCAGCCUAGCUAGCCCUAUAUAUAUAUAUUUCAACAAGUUCUCUGGUGCUUAAGCUGAUCAUAUACAUAUAUAUAUGGUCAUGGCUUUUAAUUAGUUUUCAUGUUCCAUGAGGCAGUUCGCCUUCGCCCCUUCUCACUGAAGCUUCUGUCGUCGUGUUAAUUUUCUUGAUUAUUGAUUUGAUUCUGUAGAACUGUUCUUUUAUCCUCAUAUAUAUAUAUAUAUAACUUUAAUGAAA